AUGCCAGUCCGAACUUUCCAAGCCCCUACCUCUCUAAACGGCACCCUUGCCAAAGAAACCAACGGCGUGAACGGCGUCAACGGGACCGCCAUGUCUAACGACGCACCGCGCUCCGCACAGGCGGCCAAGGACGCCACCAAUGACUUCUCCAAAUCUGAGCAGAACCCGCUCGGCACUGCAAGAAAUCCAAACUCCAAACCCGGCAUCACCUUUGCUGCACAAGACAACCUGCCGAAGCUCCCCAUUCCCGAGCUUGAGUCGUCAUGCAACAAGUAUCUUGCCGCGCUCCAGCCUCUGCAAUCACCCAAGGAACAACAGGAGACGCGCGCUGCUAUUCGCGACUUUUUAAAGAGUGAUGGUCCGGAGCUCCAGGAGAAGCUGAAGAAGUACGCCGCCGGCAAGGCCAAUUAUAUUGAGCAGUUCUGGUACGACUCUUACCUGAACUUCGACAACCCGGUUGUCUUGAACUUAAACCCUUUCUUCCUAUUGGAGGAUGACCCUACUCCGGCCAGGAAUAACCAAGUCACCCGUGCCGCAUCCUUGGUGGUGUCGGCCUUGUCCUUUGUGCGUGCCGUCCGGAAGGAAGAGCUCCCUCCUGAUACGGUGCGUGGCCAGCCACUUUGCAUGUACCAGUACUCCAGAUUGUUCGGUACCGCCAGAAUACCCACAGAAAAUGGCUGCCAGAUCGGCCAAGACCCGACAGCAAAACACGUCGUCGUGCUGUGCCAUGGCCAGUUCUAUUGGUUCGACGUUCUGGACGACAACUCGGACCUAAUCAUGACGGAGAAGGACAUCUCUCAGAACCUGGAAGCCAUCAUCGAGGACGCUGCACAGAUCCCCAUCCAGGAAGCCGCAAAAGGAGCACUCGGUGUUCUCAGCACCGAGAACAGAAAGAUUUGGUCCGGCCUUAGAGAUGUGCUACACAGAGACGAGGGAUCAAACAACUCUGACUGCCUGAACAUCGUCGACUCGGCCCUGUUCAUCCUCUGCCUUGACUACACUGAGCCCACCACUGGAGCAGACCUCUGCAUGAACAUGCUCUGCGGUACCAGCAAGGUCGAGCGUGGCGUACAAGUCGGCACGUGCACCAACAGAUGGUAUGACAAGCUCCAGAUCAUCGUGUGCAAGAACGGCAGUGCCGGCAUCAACUUCGAGCACACUGGUGUAGAUGGCCACACGGUCCUCCGCUUCGCCAGUGAUGUCUACACGGAUACCAUCCUUCGAUUCGCGCGGACUAUCAACGGCCAAGCACCGAGCCUGUGGGCAUCGAGCAGCCCCGACCCCUCGAAGCGCGACCCAGCAAGCUUUGGCGACGUCAGCACCACGCCGCACAAGCUCGAGUGGGAUAUGGUGCCUGAGCUUAGCACUGCCCUGCGCUUCGCCGAGACAAGGCUGGCCGAUCUCAUCCAGCAAAACGAGUUCCAGACGCUCGAGUUCAUGCAUUACGGCAAGCACUUCAUGACUUCGAUGGGCUUCUCUCCCGACGCAUUCGUGCAGAUGGCGUUCCAGGCGGCAUACUACGGACUGUACGGGCGCAUGGAGUGCGUGUACGAGCCUGCCAUGACAAAGAUGUUCUACCACGGACGAACGGAAGCCAUCAGGCCGGUAACCCCCGAGUCGGUCGAGUUCGUCCAAACUUUCUGGAACGACAACCCUGCGGCCGACAAGGUCGAAGCCCUCCGCCGAGCAUGUGAAAAGCAUGUUUCCAUCACCAGGGAGUGCUCCAAGGCCCAAGGCCAGGACCGACACCUGUACGCGCUUUACUGCAUCUGGCAGCGCCAGCUCGACGAGGAUGGGGCGUCCUUCAUGGACGGCGCCAGUUACACCGACUCCCUCCGCGACUCGAGCGGCAGCCCGCUGGAUUCGGAACAACAAGUCGUCGUCGGCAGCCCGGGCCAGGACUCGAUUCUCUCCGAGGGCGCCUCCAUCUCGACGAGCCCGCCGAGCGCCGGCCCGCCGAUGAUCGAGCACCGCAUGCCCUCGCUCUUCGCCGACGCCGGCUGGGACCGCCUCAACACGACGAUCCUGUCGACGUCCAACUGCGGCAACCCGUCGCUGCGCCAGUUCGGCUUCGGCCCGACGUCCGGCGACGGCUUCGGCAUCGGCUACAUCAUCAAGGACGGCUCCAUCUCCAUCUGCGCCAGCUCCAAGCACCGCCAGACCUCGCGCUUCAUCGACGCCAUCGAAGCGUACUUCCUGGAGAUCCGCAAGCUGCUGCGGCAGACGCGUCGCCGUGGCGCCUCGGUGCAGAAGGGCGCCAGCCGCGCGCGCGAGGCGGAAGAGCAUCAUGAGAAACUGCUCAAUGCCAGCCGCAUGAAGAGCCGCGGCCGCAAGAUACUUGGCGAGCCUGGUAGCGUGAAGGCGCCCGGAUCCCAUACCCCCGCGACGGACAGCAGCAUGGUCGGAGAAAGCGACGACGAAGGUCUUGGUGGAUGUGCGUCUCCCUCCUCCUCCUCCUCUUCUUCCAACCCCCGUUCCUCCCCUAUUGCUUCUUCUUCCGCUUCCACCACCAACACAAACACUUCCUCCCUAUCCUUCCUCCCCCGUUCCCCUCCCUCCCCUCACUGCACCUGCGGUGGUAGUGGUGGUGAAGGGAGCAGCGAGGAGAGUGACGAUGCCGCCGAGGGAAGAGAGCGCUCGUGCUCCUUCCACGACGGCCUGCCCACGCCGCCGCAUUCCCCCUUCCAGAGCCCGUCGAUGAAGAAGGAGAUCCAGAGUUCGCCGCGGGUGACGCUGCCGCCCAGCGUGGUCAAGCGUCCCGUCGUUGGCGCCAAGCGUCGCCGGCACCCGCACUUUUGCACGCUGAAGUCGAGGACUUUGGAUGUGUAG